AUGGCUUCCAUAUUCCCACAAUUCCUCUCAACUCCAAACCCUCACCCACUAAACCAUCUCCUCCCAACCCAAACCACCACAAACCCACCUCAGCUUUCCACCCACAGACCACACAGAAAACACUUGUCCCUCACCACAUGCACUCCUCCAAACUCUACUCAACCAGAUUUUCCAAGUCCAGACUCUGAAACCACCACCAGUGCAGAGACAUUUCCGAUCGAAAAGCGCAGAAAAUCGGAAAUCACCCGGGACAGGAGGAGGUCAGAAACUGGCAUUGUAAAGCCUGAGCCACCCAACUUUGAGAUUGGUUGGAAGAGAACCAAAGAGAUAAAGCUAGAGAAACCAAUAGGGUAUGUGAUAGCUGACUUCUUGGAGAAGUUGGAGAGCUUAAUGGGAAAAGAAUUUGGUUCCGCUGACUUGUUGGUGAAAGUCGCAGAGAUUGUGGCUGAGAGAGCAAGAGAGGAAGCAGAGGUGUUGAGAGAUGAAGGCAAAGUGGAAGACAGAAUGGUGACCGAGUUGUUUAGGGUGUUGAAGUUGAUAGAAAUGGACAUGGUUAUGAUAAAGGCUGCAGUGAAGGAAGAGACUUUGAAUGAGAGGCUUGAGCAGGCCAAGGCACGCUGCAGGCAAGCUAUACUUGUUGCUUUGUCUUUUUGA